CCGCGUUCCAACGGGCGACAACGUCCCCGUGCAGUAAAGUUACGGUUAGCUCACGUUUUAGCGUGCGUUGUGUAGCCCCACCGGCUAACGUCUUACUUGUUUCCCCAAAUAAAACGUUUGGCUAAACUAGUUCCCAAAAUAAACUAAUUUCGCUGAAUCGUGGGGAGUUUAAAUACGCUAGCUAGCUUCUGUCUGUUUGGUUACACUCGUAGUUUGUUGACGGUUAACGCUAUUGUUACUUGCGCAUUGACUUCGGGCAUUUUGCGUAGUUAAGCCACAGCCACCCGUUCAGUCGAUCAACUGUAACAUAUGGCCAACAUUAAACGUUAAGAACAUUAUUUAAUUCACGUUAUUUUACACGGCUACUGUGACAGUCAGCGUUUGAACAGUUGCACAUUUCUCAUUGUUUGUUGUUGGCAUGGUUUCCAGUAAAACGGUCCAUCGUGGCUUCUCUUUCGGUCCCGUAAGGAGAUGGCCAUGAGGAACGUGGCAGUGAAUGUAUCUGUGACUUCGAUGCUACCGAACCGCUACGAGCUGCUGGCCUGGCUCAAUGAAACUUUACAGGCAGGCUUCACAAAGGUGGAGCAGGUGUGCACAGGUGCAGCCUUUUGCCAGCUGAUGGACUGGUUGUUUCCGAAGUCCCUGAAUCUUGCCAGGGUCCGAUUCCAAAGCCACUCCAUGGUGGACGCUAUCCACAACUACAGUUUACUGCAAGCUGCAUUCAGAAAAGUUGGAGUGAUACGACACAUCCCCAUGGAGGCGCUGAUGAAGAAGGACAUUACAGUCGCUCUGAUCUUCCUGCAGUGGUUUAAUGCGCUGUUUCACAAGAACAAAAGCGAGCACAGGGAGUACCAUGCCUUAGAGGCCCGAGGUGGACAGAGUAUGGUUCCUGCUGACUCAGAGAACUCUCCCCAGAAACUGGAGAUCAUCGUAAAGAUGGGGGGCAGAACCGCGGAAGAACCAAAAAAAGUCAAACCGACGGAGAGUUUAAACAAGAACGCAGAUGUGAUAGUGAUAUCCGAUGAAGAUGAUGCGAUGGAUGUGUCUGUGGAGCAGAAAACAGAGAAAAUGGAGACGACCUUGCAAGAAGAGGCGCAGGAGAUGAAGGAGGAGCAAGCAGCAGACAAAGGAGAUGAAGGGAGCCGUGAGACUUUGCUGCACUUCAUCAGAAGAUACUGCAGCGACAAUGUGGACACAAAGGCAAACUUAAAUACAAGUGCAGUUUCUGCCAUCUUGAGUCCAACCCACGCCGCAGACAUCAUUAAGGCCUGCUCACCCUCGCCGUACUGCCUCUACCUGUAUGUGGGCGUGGAGCUGGGUGGAGGACAGAACACAAGUGUUGUCCUGAUUGGCUACUUUGACCAGAGCUUGGGGGUCAGUGUGGUGAAGCCUCUGCUCACGCUGCAGAUGAGUGUUGACACUGUUGAUCCACAAACCUCGGCGAACACAGACACACACACGGCAGAUACCGAUGCACAGCUUCUGAUUGAGGCGCUGCAGAAAUGUGACCUUUGUCUGUCCAACGCCGCUGUGUUUUACUGUAACGCUCCACACCCGGGGGUGAGCCAGGUGUUUGUGUCCAAGCUCCAGGCUUUCAACCCGAAGUUAGUAUCCCUCUGCGGCCUCCCUGGGAUGGCAGCAAGAGCAUGUCAGGCCGGACUCUCGGCUUCCUUUAGUUGCGUGGUUGACCUGGUUACAGACAUCCACCACCACUUCUACACCUGCCCCUCCGUCAGUGCCAGUCUGAAAGGGUUAUUUGAUGAUGAGUCUUAUAACCCCUCCCAUCCUAUCUCUGCACAGUGUCUGUUUUUCAUCCACGCUGUGCAGAAGGUAGCCAGCAGCUGGAGGCUUUUAGUCGACUAUUUUAAGUCACUGGAGAAAGCAGAGGCUGCUGACCGGAUCAGAACCCGGCUGAUGGAUCAGAAGUUCCAACUGCGCUUCAUAUUCCUCAGCCACAUUUUAGAGCCCAUCGAAGCUCUCCAAGAACUGCAGCAGCGCAGCACAGCGGCCGUGGCCGUGGAGCUGCAGCUGACGUCCAUGCUGGUUCACGCCUACGCAGCCAGUCUCCUCCGGCCCUCCAUCACAGAGCGCUUUCUCAGGAAGCGAGACCUGCUUCUCCUCCAAAACGGGACGAAGCGGCUCCCCAUAACAGAGGUGCUCGUAGGUUCUCGUGCCAGAGAGUUCCUGUGGGCCACCGCUGUCGUGGAUCUGGGGGAACGGGAGAGGAGGGACUUCCUGAAGGAUGCAGUGGCUUUCUAUAUAGCAACACUAGAGAGUUUAGUGGAGAGUCUUCCUGAGCAUCUCGGGGAGGUGGCACUGAGGAACAUCAGCAAAGUGCUGAACCAUUCGGAGAAUAUCAGUGGUAAUAGAUUGUCCAGGAAUGUGCUGUCAGAGUUGGGGGAUCAGCUCGGUCUGUUUAGUGAUGCGGUUGCAGAGAGACAGAUACUGGGAUUCGACUACACCCGUUUCUUCAACACUGUAAAGGAGGAACAGAGUCAUUGCUGGACGAAGAUGCUGCAUGUCACCAGACAGAACUCUGCUCUGCGUAAACUCCUCCUGACCCUCCUGGCGCUGCCGAGCUCUCUUCGCAGGACGCAGGUGUUUGCUAAGGUGUUCAACAAGGCUCUUCCUAACAGCAAGGAAACUCCCAAAGCUUUACCCCAACAAUGCAAUUGGGCAGGAAAACGCCGCCGCUGUAAAAAGUCACUAAGGAAACUUGUCCAGGCAGGUUAUGGAGACAAGAAGAAAGAUGAAACUUCAUCAGAUGAUAGCGUUGACCCCAAACCCAAACCCAGUCUACAGCUUCCCUCCAAACGCUCCAGGGGCAUGGAGGACUCCGACUUCACAGACAAUUCUUCUGAUGUGGUCGAUGUCACCGAAGAAUCCAAAAUAAGUCGAACCAGCAGACUAAUAAAGGCAGAAAGUGAAAGAACUCUACAGGAAAAGUCUGCCAUCGUCGAGGAUGAUGAAGAUGAAGAUGAAGAUGACGGCUGCAUGAGUUUAACAAGAACACCCAAAUCGGCAGAAUUGCUGUUACAGGCUACGAUGGGGGAGCUGGUCUGGGGUCAGCUGGAGGGCUUCUCUUGCUGGCCAGCCAUCAUUAUACCCUGCACGGGAGAGGAUCAGCUUCCUGAGUGGAGGAUGGUGGAGUGGUACGGACAGAACAUGUCCGCUCAGAUCAGUUUGGAAGCUCUGAAACCUUUCGCUGCCUUCGCCCAGAACUUCUCUUCCAACUCCUUCGCCACCCGCGUCAUCUACCAAGACGCCAUCUUCUUGUCCCUGCAGGAGGCAGCGCUCCGCUGUAAGAAGCACUUUCCUGCGUGUGUUGAGGAUCGGGACGAGCUGCUGAAGCAGAUGUUGGACUGGGCCUUUGAAGGCUUUCAGCCCACCGGGCCGGACGGACUCACACCUACAGCUGCCACAAGUGGUGUUACUACAAACAACAACAGCCUGAAGGUGAAGCAGAAACUCUUCCCGAAGGCCAUCUCCUCCACCCCGUCCCUCAGCUCCUCCACCCCGUCCCUCAGCUCCUCCACCCCGUCCCUCAGCUCCUCCACCCCGUCCCUCAGCACCUCCACCCCGUCCCUCAGCACCUCCACCCCGAUAAGCAGCAAGAGCAACAUAAACAGCAUCGAGAUGAAGGUGGUGCCGGCGUCCGUGGACGAGGCGUCCGUGGACGUGGCGUCCUCCCACAGAGGUGGAAAACCUGCUUCAGAAGGAUUUGAUUUAGCGGGAAAAGUCACUAAAGCAGUCAUGAAGGAGAAGGUGUCCCGAGAGGGAGAGAGAGAUGACUGGGGAGGAAGAUUGGGGAGAGGGAAGGCUAAGGGAGGGUGUAAAGGAGGGAAGGUUCAGAAGAAGAAAUUAAGUUUUGAUGGAUUUCAUGAUGAUGACAUGAAGAAGAACUUCACCAAAUCUUACAAUAAGGUCAACCAUUCGACCAACACGUACACACAGCCGGACCAGAAGCUCAGAGAGCAGACUGUUCGUAGGAUCAGGGACAGGAAGCUGGAUAUUGAAGACUUCUGUUUGUGUUGUGGGACUGAAGACGUGGAGAUAUUUCACCCUCUGUUUAAAGGCAGCCUCUGCUCGGAGUGUAAAGAUAACUUAACAGAAACUCUGUAUCGUUACGAUGAAGAUGGAUAUCAGUCGUACUGCACCAUCUGCUGCUCUGGACUGGAGGUCAUACUGUGCGGCAACAAUAGCUGCUGCAGAUCUUACUGCGAGGACUGUCUGAACAUUCUCGUCAGCCCGGGGACGUUUGAUUCGUUGAAGCUGCUGGACCCGUGGAUCUGCUACUUGUGUCAGCCUCAUCGACCCCGCGCUGGUGCGCUGGUCCCCAGAAAGGACUGGAGCAUUCGUGUUCAGGAGUUAUUCGCCAACAACAGCGCCAUGGAGUUUGAGCCUCAUCGUGUUUACCCGUCCAUCCCUGCAAACCUGCGCAGACCAGUCCGAGUUCUGUCACUGUUCGAUGGCAUAGCAACAGGCUACCUGGUCCUGAAGGAUCUCGGCUUCAAAGUGGAGAAAUGUGUUGCCUCAGAGAUUUGCGAGGAUUCGAUUGCUGUGGCGACCGUCAACCACGAUGGGAAGAUCAUCCAUGUCGGUGACGCCCGGUUCAUCAACCAGGAACAUAUCGAGCGGUGGGGUCCGUUUGAUUUGCUGAUCGGCGGCAGCCCCUGUAACGACCUCUCCAUCGUCAACCCGUCUAGGAAAGGCCUCUAUGAGGGCACCGGCAGGCUGUUCUUUGAGUUCUACCGCAUCCUUCAGCUGCUGAAGCCCCGAGAGGAAGACCCCAAGCCGUUCUUCUGGCUGUUUGAGAACGUGGUCUUCAUGAACACGCAUGACAAAGUCAACAUCUGCCGCUUCCUCGAGUGCAACCCGGUGCUGGUGGACGCAGUCAAAGUUAGCCCAGCUCACAGAGCGCGUUACUUCUGGGGAAACAUCCCGGGGAUGAGCAGACCCAUCAUAGCGUCCCAGAACGACAAGCUGAAUCUCCAGGACUGUUUAGAGAUCAGUAGAGAAGCCAGGGUCACCAAGGUGAGGACGAUCACCACCAAUGCAAACUCUCUGAAGCAGGGCAAAGGACUCAGAUCUCUGCUGCCUGUCCUCCAGAGCGGCAGAGAGGACAACCUCUGGAUCACUGAACUAGAAAAGAUCUUUGGUUUCCCCAAACAUUACACCGACGUAAGGAACAUGACCCGUCUUCAGAGGCAGAAGGUGCUGGGGAAGGCGUGGUGCGUGCCGGUCAUCCGUCACCUCUUCGCUCCGCUGAAGGACUAUUUUGCCUGUGAGGAGCUGCUUCCUUCGUCCACCACCUCCGUCGCCCACCACCUCCCCGUCACCCCUCUCUAAAAGUGCAGCAACUGAGAUAGGGGAGGUUAGGUUGUGUAUAGAAUGUGUGUGAUUGUGUGGAGGGUUAUUUCCGCCACUACAUGUCACUUGGUGGAGCAUAAAUGAAGUAUGGAGGAUUCUACAACUUUUUAUAAGCCAGCUCACAGACAGGCUUUUUUGGGCCAUGUUGUCACCUAUGCACUCAAGUAUCUUGCAUUGUGUCACUUAUGCAGUUUGUGUGCACAGCCAACACUUUGUCCUCCAAAGCCACAAAAGAUGGCAGAUAAUGAUCCUACAUUAAAUUGUGUUUGUUAUUGUGUAUAUAUAUAUAUGUAAUACUUGUUGAACUGGCUGUAACUGACAUACUAUUGUUAGCAACAAUUGACACCAAAUGUUUACAUUUACUACUUCUCUUCUGAUAAAGUGUUUGUGAUAAUGCAAGACUACUGAGGUACGUGGCCACAUUGACCGAUGAUCGUAUAAAAUACAAAGCGUGAUCUAUUCUGACUCAUGUAUCAUGAACAAAUGUUUUUGAGAACUGAUUUUGUUUUUGGUGUAAGUGGACUGGACAGUAUUUUAGCACAAAACAUCAGAGGAAUGGAUUGAGACGUGUUAAUGUUCAAUCAAUGUUCAAGUGUGGAGGGGAAACUGAAAUAUCCAUAUCAUCUCUACUGUACCAAAUAUAUAUAUAUUUGUAUUAUUAUUUUUAGAGGGCAUGGUGAAUAUUUGGGCAAGUGAUUGUUGGAUUGUUGACAAGACCAAAAACUGAAAUAAAUCUCAUAAUGAUCCCAG